AUGUCUGAUGUGACCCUGCCAAAUAAUCCCCUGGAAAUCAUUAUACCACAGAAUAUCAUCAUUUUACCUGAUUCCUUGGGAAUUGGCAUGAUGCUCACUUUCAAUGCCGAAGCCCUUUCCAUGGAAGCAAAUGAACAACUCUUCAAGAAGAUCCUUGAAGUGUGGAAAGACAUACCAUCUUCAGUAGCUUAUGAGUGUUCACAGCGAGCCACAGGAUGGGGCCAAAAAGCCAUUGAAGUCCGCUCUUUGCAGUCAAGGGUUCUGGAAAGUGAACUGAAGCGCAGGUCAAUUAAGAAGCUGAGAUUUCUGUGUACCCGAGGUGACAAGCUGUUCUUUACCUCUAUCCUGCGCAAUCGCCACAGCCGGGUUUACUUCAUGACCCUUGGAAAACUUGAAGAGCUCCAAAGCAAUUAUGGUGUUUAAAAGGUUCCAAUGAUUUAUUAUAACAAUUACAAACAUCAUAAAUAUACAAUUUGCAUUUUAAAUUUCUGAGAUUAAAUGAGCAUACAGUUUUACUGGUAGGGAAAAAUUAAAUCAGAUACUUUUAAUGUAGCACAGAAUAGUUUUAAUGAGAAAUGUAGCUUUAUAUAUAAAAUUAACUAUAGCAAGCUCUAUGUACUCCAAUGGUGUACAAUAUCUUUUGCACAAACCUUGUAACUUUUGUUACUGUGAAUUCAAACAUUACUCUUUGGACAGUUUGGACAGUAUCUAUAUUCAGAUUUUACAACAUGGAGUUAAGAAACCUGUAAUAAGUUAGAUUCCAAACAGCUUUCAAAAGAGUUGGCCCUGAAUGAGGGGGGUUUUUUUGGAAAAAAAUAAAAAUAGCAACAAACCAUAUGCAAAUUUGCCAAGUCCUAUAAAGAACCAAAGGUUAGAUUAUGAAAUGAAAAUAAUAAGGACUAAACAUAAACCAGACUAAGGCUGAACAACCUGCAUGCCUGGAGAAAACUACAGUGAUAAAGGGGAAAAGGCCACCCAUUGACUCAUUGCUCCAUGACAGUUAAGCCCACAGACAGAGAACCGUUGUGUUCUUUCACCCCAUGUUAAGCUGGUUUUCUCCUGAUAAGAAGAAAGGAAGAAAGCCUCGGAUGCUUGAUUUUCCUCAGAAACUCCAAAGAUGUGCAAUAGCCGUUUUUAAAAACCACCGAAUAAUACACUUG